UCGUCAGCCACGUGACUCACGACUUGCGCGUCGUAGCGGUCCCGCUUCAUUUGACCUCCAAACGUACGUAUUUCCGCUUACAGUUUCAAUCAUACUUCCUUAAGGACCAUCGGCGGACGGGAGCAAGGAGAAGAAAAAUGCUAGCCACCAGAGCCUUUAGCCUCAUUGGCAAACGUGCCAUCUCCACAUCUGUUUGCGUACGUGGAGGACACGGGGUUGCCAAGGUUGAGGACUAUACUCUCCCUGCCUAUCAUGACAGCCCUGACAUCCCUCUCCCUGAAGUUCGCUUUGUGCAGAAUCUGAGUGCAGAACAGAAGUCUCUGAAGGAGAAGGAGAAGGGCUCCUGGGCCGCACUGUCUAAUGAUGAGAAGCUUGCAUUGUACCGCAUCAGCUUCAAGCAGAGCUAUGCUGAGAUGAAUUAUAGGUCACCUGAGUGGAAGACUGUGCUUGGAGCGGCGUUUUUUUUCUUUGGUUUCACUGGCCUGUUUUUUCUUUGGCAGAGAAAGUAUGUGUUUGGACCGGUCCCACACACAUUUGAACCCGAGUACAAAGAGAGGGAGCUGCAGAGGAUGCUGGACAUGAGGAUGAACCCAAUAGAGGGCAUCGCUUCCAAGUGGGAUUAUGAAAACAAGCAGUGGAAGAAGUAAAAGACCUGGAGGACCAUGACCAAUACUGUACUUGAAAACAAAGGCAGACCGUCUCAAAGAUACAAGAAUGCAUAUAUUUCUGUUUAUCCAUUGUCCACAAUACCUCAGUUUGUGCAUUUUGGAAGAACCCUUCCUCUUAAGGUCAUUGUGUAAAUUAAUAAAAUUGUUAAAACGAUA